CCAAAGGCAUUAAAAUCGCUUUCAAUCCCGGGAGGACUGAUUCUCGUAUCUUGUUCGUCACUGUUUCUUCGACUCCGAUCAAUUUCUUCUCCGUUUUCCGAAUUCCGCUUCUGCUAUCUCAAAUUCAACAUGGCUACUGCGGCCGCCGGCGACGUCGAAGCCGGCUUCGCCAAGCUCCAGGGCGAGGAUUUCGAGUACUAUAUGCAAACCUAUUCCAUCAUCCUUGGCCGGAACUCCAAAAAAUCUAGCGUCGACGUUGACCUAUCCAGCCUUGGUGGCGGGAUGAACAUCUCCCGCCACCAUGCCCGCAUAUUCUAUGACUUCACGCGCCGUCGUUUCGCCCUCGAGGUUCUCGGUAAAAACGGUUGUCUUGUAGAAGGUGUUCUUCACCUCCCUGGCAACCCACCCGUGAAGCUCGAUUCUCAAGAUUUGCUUCAAAUUGGGGACAAGGAGUUUUAUUUUCUGUUGCCGGUGAGGAGUAUUUUGGGAGGGCCGCUUGGGCCUAGGCAUUAUGUGAAUCAUUCAUCAGCGGCAGCUGGAGGGGCAGUUCCGCCGCACUAUAAUUAUCAUAUGGCCAAUGCUGCCCCUGGGGGUGGGGCAUUGGUGAAGAAAGGAAGGAGGGAUUACUACGAUGAUGAUUAUGAGGACGAGGAUGACAUUGGUGGCACUGGUAGCAGUGGGAAGAAGCUAAGGAGGACGGGUAUAUUUGAGCUUCUAUUCUGCUUCACAAUUCUUGUAUCUUUCCAAUAUAUUCUUUCAUUGAGAUUAUCGGUUUCUGCAGAUAAGAAGGCAGAAGGCAGAUCUCGAGUGGAUCGUGAUUCUGAUAAUCUUCAGCUCCAACAGUUGGAAGAAAAGGAUGUAGUAUCAUCAGUUGCUACUGUUCUCUCUGAUCUUUGCGGUCCUGGGGAAUGGAUGCCUAUGGAGAAACUUCACACAGAGUUGCUGGAGCACUAUGGAAAUGUUUGGCAUCACAGUCGAGUAAGGCGAUAUCUUUCAUCGGAGGACUGGACUGGUCCUGAAUCCAAAGGGAAGCCUUGGUAUGGUUUACUUAUGCUAUUAAGGAAGUACCCUGAACACUUCGUCAUCAACACAAGGUCCAAGGGCAGGGUCACUUUGGAGUUUGUUUCUCUUGUGUCUCUGCUUUCAUGAAACAUCCUUCUUUAUGUAGUGACACUUGAUCCUGUUAGGUCAUUGAAGUAUAGAAUAGCUUUAUCCCAAACUUCUUUGUCAUAGCAAAAUCUAAAGGGAUCUGAUUCCCUGGAUAAAAUCCUUGUAUAUCUAAAUCAUGCUUGUGUUGUCUCAGCUAGUAGGUUUUGGUACAUUGUUAGUUUGUCAUUAAAUUAUUGACUUGCUUUGGCCGUGGCUAGUGGGUGCUAUUUUUAUUGAUAGGGAUACGUUAAUUAGAUGAAUUUAUUGAACAAUUUAUCCCAUUACAAACAAAGAUUAAGUUAGCU